UGUUACCUGUUACUCCCAUAGCGAGGGGGCUGGUGGGGGCUACUUGCUGGUUCAGUGGAGCGAGAGGGGGAAAGGGUUCGGGGUUUAUGGACUCCUCUAUCCCUACUCGGUAACCUCGGGGUUUCUGGGAGCAGAGCUUCCCUCAAAAGAAGGAAAAGGCGCCCGAGAAGGGGUUCGCCGCUGACUCGAGUGCGGCCCUCUCCCCUGCUGUCACCAUGCCUGUGGCGGCUCCGAUCAUCAGCUCUGUGCAGAAGCUGGUGCUGUACGAGACUAGAGCUCGUUAUUUUCUUGUUGGGAGCAAUCAUGCAGAAACCAAAUAUCGUGUCUUGAAAAUUGAUCGCACCGAACCAAAGGAUUUAGUUGUUAUUGAUGACAGGCAUGUCUAUACCCAACAAGAGGUGAGAGAGCUGCUUGGUCGCUUAGAUCUGGGGAACAGGACAAAAAUUGGACAGAAGGGCUCCUCUGGAUUAUCCCGCGCAGUCUCUGCUUUUGGUAUAGUAGGCUUUGGUCAGAUUUUUGAAGGAUACUACAUUGUGCUAAUUACAAAGAGAAGAAAGAUGGCAGAUGGAGGACAUGCAAUAUAUAUAGAAGAUACAACUAUGAUAUAUAUUCCAAAUGACUCUGUACGAGUGACUCAUCCUGAUGAAGCAAGAUACCUUCGAAUAUUUCAGAACGUGGACCUGUCUAGUAACUUUUAUUUCAGCUACAGCUAUGAUCUAUCUCACUCUCUUCAGUAUAACCUUACUGUUCUGAGGAUGCCUCUUGACACACUAAAGGCAGAAACAACUCGAACAAGGCAGGAGAGUUUUGAUAUUUUUGAAGAUGAGGGACUUGCAACUCAGGUGGAAGUGGUACCAUUUUGCAAGGAGGAUUACAACCAUGUUUGGUCAAAUGCUGGUUCAAUUUCCCUUCGUGUUUCCAGUCAAUAUGAGAAUGUUGGGGUGGAGGGGGCAGGGCCAGCAGGUGUCUUUGGAAUUUGCAGUGAACCUUAUAGGAAAUAUGUGUGGAAUGGUAAACUGCUUGACAUAGUCAAAACCACGGUCCAUCGAGACUGGUUGUUGUAUAUUAUUCAUGGAUUUUGUGGACAGUCAAAGCUGCUCAUUUAUGGUCGUCCAGUGUACGUCACCCUGAUAGCUAGAAGAUCAAGUAAAUUUGCUGGAACACGGUCUAAGAGAGGAGCAAACUGUGAGGGAGAUGUAGCUAAUGAAGUAGAAACUGAACAAAUACUCUAUGAUGCUUCAGUGAUGUCAUUUUCUGCUGGAAGCUAUUCAUCUUAUGUCCAAGUGCGGGGUUCUGUCCCUCUCUAUUGGUCUCAGGAUAUUUCAACAAUGAUGCCUAAGCCACCAAUUACAUUGGAUCAGGCUGACCCCUAUGCACGUGCAGCUGCUCUUCAUUUUGAUCAGAUGCUCCAGAGGUUUGGCUCUCCUAUCAUAAUUUUGAAUCUUGUAAAGGAACGUGAAAAACGGAAACAUGAAAGGAUAUUGAGUGAAGAGCUUGUUGCUGCUGUGACGUACCUCAAUCAGUUUCUACCUCCUGAACAUGCAAUUGUAUAUAUUCCAUGGGACAUGGCCAAAUAUACAAAGAGCAAACUGUGUAACGUCCUUGACAGGCUGAGCGUUAUUGCAGAGAAUGUAGUGAAGAAAACUGGGUUCUUGUAAAUCGUCCCUGCUUCCUACUGUAGUGUCUUGCGCCCAGAUGAAAGUAUGUGGAAUGAGCUGGGAGGAAUUGUGGUUCCCACUGGCCGUUUACAGACGGGAGUUCUUCGAACAAAUUGUGUUGACUGUCUGGAUCGCACGAACACAGCCCAAUUUAUGGUUGGGAAAUGUGCUUUGGCCUAUCAGCUUUAUUCCUUAGGCCUGAUUGACAAACCCAAUCUGCUGUUUGACACAGAUGCCGUUAGAUUAUUUGAAGAAUUAUAUGAAGAUCAUGGAGAUACAUUGUCACUUCAAUAUGGUGGAUCUCAACUUGUGCAUCGAGUAAAAACCUACAGAAAAAUAGCACCUUGGACCCAGCAUUCUAAAGAUAUUAUGCAAACUCUUUCAAGAUACUAUAGUAAUGCUUUUUCAGAUGCUGACAGGCAAGAUUCAAUUAACCUGUUUCUGGGAGUAUUUCAAACCGAAGAAGGGAAGCCCCACCUCUGUGAUCUUCCUACUGAUUUUUACUUGCACCAGAAAGACACAAUGACGCUUAUCCAGGCAAGGAGAAGAUAUGGGACCAUCACUGUCAAUGACCUAAUAGUCAUUGAUGCAAUGUCUGUUGCUGAAAACAGAAGGAAGCUAAUAGUGAAGAUUCAUAACUAUGAUGAAGAGAUUGACAUUCAUAAUGAAUUUUUUCGACCGUAUGAACUCAGCAGUUUUGAUGAUUUUUGCUUGGCAAUGACAAAUUCAAUCCGAGAUUUUAUGCCCAAGAAUGUUGGCAUUGAUCCCAGCCCAUUUACUGUACGUAAACCUGAUGAAACUGGAAAAUCCGUUUUGGGGAACAAGAGCAAUAGAGAAGAAACGGUGCUUCAGCGCAAAACGGCUGCUAGUGCUCCCACCACCCCCAGUGAGGAGGCUGUGUCUAGCAGUUCUGAGGAUGAUUCUGGAACUGAUAAAGAAGAUGAGGGGGCUGCAUCUCAGCGUUCAACACCAGUGAAAAUGACAGAUACGGGAGAUAAUGCCAAAACAACAGAAAAUGUAGUACAGCCUAUAAAAGAUAUAUAUGGGAUUAACCUCUCAGAAUCUCCUUCGGAAGAUGAUCUCGGCAUAUACACAAGGUUUGUUCAAUUGGGGCACAGUCAACACAAGCACAAGAGUCACCAACUUCUUUGUUGUAAGCACUUAGAUGGGGUUAUAAACUUAACACACAUCUCUGCUUUCUCCCAAGACAACAUUUAUGAAGUCCAGCCUCCUAAAGUAGAAAGAAAAUCUAUUGAGAUAUUUCAUGCUCACAUCCAGGCUGGCAAAGGCAUCAUGCAGCCAUUGGGAAAAGAAGAUCCCCUGUAUCGAGAAUACAUUAGAAACAGAUACAUGUGAAGAACAACUGUUUUUGAGUCCUCUGACAGCCUGAAUCACUGAGUGGAAAAGUAGAUAUCUCUAUUACGUGCUUCCCUCCACCGUACAUCAGAUGGAUCAUAGCCUAUCAUGACUCUUUUUUUGUUGGUAAUUAAGUUAGAAAACAGAUACAAAUAUCCUCUCUUUAGAAACAAGAGAGAUUGCAUAUUGAUAAGACUUGUGAACUGUUCAGAUUAAUUAUGUUCUCUUUAGUUAUCUGUGUUGCUUAAGUCAAAUUCCUUGGGCACUUAAGUAUAUAUAUGGGCACUUACAAUACAUAUAGCCAGCAGGGAGCAGUUGGGAAUGCUUUUCACAAUUAUGGAGUUCCUUGUUUUUGUCUAAGUCAAGGUGAGCCAACAUGGUAUCCUCAAUAUACUUUUGGACUCCAGCUCCCAUCAUCUCCAGCCAGAAUGGCCAAUGGUCUGAGAUUACAAGAGUUG